GCUCGGCUCCCCGCCGGACUCGCACCCCGACCCGGCCCGCACUGCGGCCCUGCCGCCGCCACCAUGUCCCUGCACGGCAAACGGAAGGAGAUCUACAAGUAUGAAGCGCCCUGGACGGUCUACGCCAUGAACUGGAGUGUGCGGCCCGACAAGCGCUUUCGCCUGGCCCUGGGCAGCUUCGUGGAAGAGUACAACAACAAGGUCCAGCUUGUUGGCUUAGAUGAAGAGAGUUCAGAGUUUAUUUGCCGAAACACCUUUGACCAUCCGUACCCCACCACAAAGCUCAUGUGGAUCCCAGACACAAAAGGUGUCUAUCCAGACCUCCUGGCAACAAGUGGCGACUAUCUGCGUGUGUGGCGGGUUGGUGAAACAGAGACCAGGCUGGAAUGUCUGCUAAACAAUAACAAGAACUCUGACUUCUGUGCUCCUCUGACCUCCUUCGACUGGAAUGAGGUGGAUCCUUAUCUUUUAGGUACUUCAAGCAUUGACACAACUUGUACCAUCUGGGGACUGGAGACGGGGCAGGUGCUGGGACGAGUGAACCUUGUGUCUGGUCAUGUGAAGACCCAGCUGAUCGCCCAUGACAAAGAGGUCUAUGACAUUGCAUUUAGCCGCGCCGGGGGUGGCAGGGACAUGUUUGCCUCCGUGGGCGCUGAUGGCUCCGUUCGGAUGUUUGACCUCCGCCAUCUAGAACAUAGCACCAUCAUUUAUGAAGACCCACAGCAUCAUCCGCUGCUGCGUCUCUGCUGGAAUAAGCAGGACCCUAACUACCUGGCCACUAUGGCCAUGGAUGGAAUGGAGGUGGUGAUCUUGGAUGUCCGAGUUCCCUGCACACCUGUCGCCAGGUUAAAUAACCACCGAGCAUGUGUCAAUGGCAUUGCUUGGGCUCCACAUUCCUCUUGCCACAUCUGUACUGCAGCGGAUGACCAUCAGGCUCUCAUCUGGGACAUCCAGCAAAUGCCCCGGGCCAUCGAGGACCCUAUCCUGGCCUACACAGCUGAAGGAGAGAUCAAUAAUGUGCAGUGGGCAUCGACGCAGCCUGACUGGAUUGCCAUCUGCUACAACAACUGCCUGGAGAUCCUCAGAGUGUAGUGCUGGUGGCACCAGGCCUGCGAGGCAGGGGCUCGUGUGGUUCCCGCCUCUGCUCCACCCCCAAAGUAAGAAGAAACCUGUUUCCAGUGGCCAGUAUGGCUUUCGUUGCUUUGUGCCCACUGUUUCCAGAAGCUGCUCUAGGAGUUCCUGGCCAGUCACCCCAUCGCUUUCUGGGCCGGACUCAGUGCUGUGGGGCACCUCCUCAGCCCAGGGCAGCGGGUGAAGAUUUCCUCUGCUUUCCUCUUCUUAGUUCCUC